UCCAAGCAAGCCGCAGCGACUGCUAAUGAGGAAACUGUCACAUACUGUCAGCUGGGUUAAUGGUUUUUAAAGGUGAAAGCCCAGAGCCCCCAUAAACCUUGCAGAGAUCCCCCCUUUUGGUUUCACAUCAUUGGGUUUAAUUGUGGAGGAGGACGGUAAAACACCUCAGCUGGAUGAGAUGGAGAGGAGACGAGGAGUUCAGCUCGGCAGAACAGCGGUCACGAGCCAAACACCGAUCCCAUAGGCUUUGUCUCCCAGAUUUUCCAGCUGUUGGCCCUUGUUGUAGACUCCUCUCUUCUACCUGCUGGGCUCCUGUUUGUCCCUGCCUGUCUGGCUGCACUGAGCGAUGAAGAUCCCUCUGUGGUACAUGGUGGUGGUGCUGGCAUGUCUCUUCGCCCCUGGACGCAGUGACUGCCAGGGGGAGUGUGUGGCCUGCGGUCUCCUUCUGCAGCAGCAGCUCCAGCAAGCCUUCAACACCAUGGUGUGUUUGUUAGAGUGUGAGGGCCACGUCUCCUCUUCGCUCACUUGGGAGGUGUGUAAACGCGCCGUGAAGCUUUCGCACUAUCCUACACUUUCUGAGGGAGGCGCUCUGUUCAAGAGAACAGGAGAGGAGCUGGAGCUGACCUCUCUCGACCUGAACUCAGACAGUGAACUGCUGCAGUCUGCAGCCGCAGAGCGCUUCCAGGAGGGGGAUCAGGAUGAGACACCCUUCGAGCAGCGCAGUGUCCAGUAUGACUCAUCACUGCUGGAAUCGUCUGAGGAGGGGGAGGGCCUGCAGGGUCUGGAUCUCAGUCUGGCGGACGAAGAGAGGAAGCUGAGGGAGGAGAGGAAUGUGGAGAGUGACAGCGAGCUAGAAGGGGACGACGAGGACGACACCUCAGAGGCCAUCACCUUAUCCAAACGCUUUGGUGGCUUUCAGAGGGGGCGCCAUGGAUACAGGAAGCUGAUUGGCUCACCCAUGAGGCCCCUACAAAAGCGCUACGGUGGGUUCAUAGGUGUCCGGAAAUCUGCCCGCAAAUGGAACAGUCAGAAACGGGUGAACCAGCUGCUCAGGCAGUACCUGGGCAUGAGGAGCAGCCGCAGCGGCAGGUUCAACAACAUCCCCGUAACUCGGGUCUGGAGGCAAAACAAACUGUAAUGUCUUUCUGUUCCUCUCACAGAAUCCCACCCCAGUUACCUCAACCAAUCAUGUUUUCAGCAGCUCACUCCAAUUUGACGUCACCAUCAUCAUCAGAAGAACAGACUCCGCCAUUUCGCUGCACCUCUCUUUGUGUCUCUAAGUAACAAGGAAUGUUUUGACCGUGAUGUCCUUCUUAUUAAGCAUAUUUACAUGCCAUUCUGUGAAAUAAAAGAAUUAGAGAAGUGCAAUUGAAUAUAUUUUUGUGUGUUGGUAUAAUAAAAGGGGCCAAAUGAGAUUGGUAAACUGGUUCACUGUGAGGUGAGACCUGAGGGUGUGACUUUCAUGCAUGUGUGGAUGGCUUCAGCAGUUUUGCACUCUGUAGUUUGUGUUAUGAGAACUGUUACUAAUGCCCAGCUCUCAUGAAAUGGACAUGCGUGUUUCUACAUAGGUUUCCCCUUUUAAAAUGGCAUUUUGUCGAUUUGGGGCUAAACAAAUCAUACACAGAUGUUUGCCUUCAACCGCACCGUAAUUGCUAAUCUUCCCACGUCAGAGCAGAAACAUGUAGUAGAAUCAAAUUGGAAGUGGACCGGCACUGUGCUUUCAAGACGGUCCAGUCAGAUGUAAACAUCGGACAGUGGGAGUGCUGAAGCACAAACUGUUAAUUACUGGUAUGAGAAUCUAAUUUUCUGCUUAAAUAACUUAAUUAAUUAAACACAAUGGAUGUAAAAUUGGUUUUCUGAACUUUCAAACUCACCAAAACUCCUCAAAAAAAGUCUUGUUCCCAUUGCUUCAUUCUGAUUAUUGACUGAAAAAAAUAAUUUUUCCUUUCCAUUGUAUUCAAAUUUUGGCCACUGAGCGGAGGUUCUCACUGCAAACCUUGCAAGUGAUGAGUUUCUCUUGAAGAAAUAAGCCGCAGGUUGGCCGGCUCCCAUGGGCUCCUUUAAGUGGAACAAUACUGUCCUCUAGUGUUUGAGGAGAGAACAUGUUGCCCUUGGAUACUGACUUGGGAUCAGUUUUAUUGUGUCUUCAGUAAUAUGUUACGUAAUUCUUUGGACUGACUGCCUUUUCCUGCAGUAACAGUGAAAUGAGAAGUUAACAUAAGAUGACAGACAUGCAGAUAUGGAAAAUUUAUGGCUGAUACUUCCCUGUCCUUCACUAAAAGUGUCUAAAAACAGACAAAAGUGUCUGUCAUCCCUCAUUCUCACUGUAUUAACUGUCUGUAGUGUAAUGAUAUUUGCCAACCAUCUAAUAAUAAUAAUAAUAAUAAGUAGGGGUCUGUACAAAAACUAUUGGGGUGGAGAGGGGAGCUGAUUUAACUUUUUUAGGAAAGGAAAGCCCUCCACGGUGUUAUUAAUUUUGUCUUUGGCCGCUCCCUUGGACUUCUAAAAUAACCAAUAUCUUCUCCCAAUAUCUCAAAAGAAUAUAACUGUAUUACUACAAUUAAUUGCACUAUUAAAAGCUAAAGCAAGGAGAAGUGUAGAGAAUUAUCAGACAACUGGGUCUACCCAAAUUGAAACCAUAAUUUCUGGCUAGAAUAAUUAUUUUAUUAUAUAAAAAUAACUGCAUAUUAGAAAAGGAAUUACAUGACACAUUUUUGACAUACAACACAAUGUUGAAUAUUACUGACACUUUUCAAUUAAAAAAAAAAAUAUAUAUAUAUAUAUAUAUAUAUAUAUAUAUAAUAUAUAUUAACAUGAAAUUGAACAUGAAAUAAUAAAAAAACAAUCUCUCCCUUCCCCUCUAAUAAUUUCCACACAGCCCCUAACUUACCGUCAAAUUAUAGAGACGAGGAAGCAAUAAUUUAAAGUGUUGCUAAGGAAAAACUAAUCCCCAGUCAGUUCUCAAACAUUACUCCACCCGGGGCUUUUUGCAGAGCUGCUCACGUCACUUCAGUCCAAUUGUACUUAAGUGCAUGAAGCUGGAACCUGGCGGGGCCAUUGGGUGUGUAUCGCACUGUGGAAUGGGAAAGGAAGCCUAAAUGACAGCAGCCCUGAAAACCCCCAUCCUAAUGUACCAUUUGAGAGCAGAGGGAUGAAAUGAACUGUGCAUGUCAGCUGUGGUCAUUAUUAUACAGAUGUUUCUGCUCGGGCGAUGUUCGUUUGUUUUGCCAUCAGGGUAUUUUCCUCCACUAGCAGGUCACAGCCAUUCUUUUGCAUCUUAAUAGUGUUUACGUGUUUACUAGUGUUUGAUUACGAGAUGUAAUAAUGUACGCACAGGAGUGUGUGGGCGACUGCAGAGAGCGUGAGUGUGAAUGUGCACGUGCAUGUGUGUGUGCUUGUGCGUUUUCCUGUCAAUUAAACACAAAAAAUGGAAUUUGUGAAUACAGUGUACAUUUCAGACCACAUUUCUAACAUUAUACCAUUGUUCUUGAGUCUUCAUACAAAAUGUGUAUAGAGAAAACUACAAUAAAAUAGUUUGCUAUUU